UAAUAAACAAAAUGCAAAUUUUAGCUAUUUUAACAUUUGUUUUGACAUUUUAUUGUCUCAAUGCUUAUCAAACAUUGCGAUUGAACACCGGCUAUGAAAUGCCGAUUCUCGGUUUGGGCACAUUUCGGGCCACUGGAGACAGCUGUUAUAAAUCUGUGAUUGAGGCACUCAAAGUUGGUUUCCGACACAUCGACACGGCCUCAGAUUAUAACAAUGAGGAACAGGUGGGCCGCGCAUUGGCCGACGCCAUAAAUUCCGGAAUAGUCAAACGUGAGGACGUGUUUGUCACAACAAAAGUAUGGCCACAGAAAGCCGAUGCUCGCAAAAAAGCAUUGGACAGCAUUCACGAGUCAAUGAAAAAGAUGAACCUGACGUACAUUGAUCUGGUUUUGGUACACUUCCCAUGGGAUCAGUACGUCGAAUCUUAUAGGGGCUGCGAGGAUGCCUUCCACCAGAAGUUGGUCCGAUCGAUAGGUGUGUCCAACUUUAAUGAGCAAAAUUUAGACAUUUUGCUUAAGGAGGCGACUGUCCGGCCGGCAAACAAUCAGGUACUGUUGAAUCCCAAAGCUGUCGGAACCGGUAUUAUUGAUUAUUGCAAGAAAGCCGAUAUAACUGUUACGGCAUAUUCACCGCUUGGCACCGGUAGUCUAGUAAAAGAUGCAAAACUGGUUGGUAUCGGUCAGAAACAUAACAAAAGUGCUGCACAAGUGAUGAUCCGAUGGGAAAUCCAAAGAGGCGUUUGUGUUAUACCUAAGGCAACGGAUCCCAAAUAUAUUAAAGAAGACUUCGAGGUCUUUGAUUUUACACUCACUGACAAUGAGAUGAAACAAAUACCGUUUUAA